AUGGAUCCUGACGCGGCACGCACACUGUUUACGCAGCGCGCAUUCUUGAUUUUGCAGGGCCUUUUACGAGGCUCGCACAUUACACUGGAUUUACAUGCUGCCAUCACCGAUAGCAAUUUUGAAGGGUUUAAAUUUGUACCUACAGGCGUGCAUUGUUUUACAUGGCAAUCCGCAGGCGCUUCCGACGAAGCCAUGGCCAGCACGGGCCUGCGCAACUGCACGUUCUUCUACACAAAGGGCCACCAGGUUGUGCUUCGUCAGUAUGAUCCGUCGCAGGACGCGUUUCAGCACGAGGCAGACCUGGGUGGCGAACUGCUCGUCUCGGAAGACCAUAUGAGGACAUUAGAUCCACACCUUGCGCCGUACACGGGCAUCGGUGUAGAUACGUGGACCAGUAUUACACGGUAUCUCGCGACGCAUGCCAGCGUGCUUGCACGCGUAUUCGCUGUCAAUUUAGCGAGCGCGGAUCCAUGCUGCGACUCCUUCACUCCAGUCGCGUCGCAAGGGCCAGGAUCGGACGUGUUUUUGGAGCCACCUACAGAGAUGCCCGCAUUGCACUUUACUGCCUUUACGCUGCAACACAGCUGGCCACCCGAGGCACAGGGCGAGGAACGAACGAAAUGGAGCGUCGACAAGUCGUGGCUCCUGGAGGAUGUGCUUGAGCGCGCUGCUGUUUGCCUGGACAACGAGCCGCUUUAUACGGCGCUGCUCUGCGAAGUGGAGCUGAGUUUUGUGCUGUUCUUACAGGCAAACAAUGCCGAAGCGCUCGCGUACUGGGUAGAGCUGCUUACGCUUUUCUCUCGCGCAUCUUCGCGGCUCGGCGCGCCAGGCCGGUACGAACUGCAUCCCUGCGAAUGGGACGAUACUAUGCGUACAAGUACACCGCUGCGUGUGCCGCAGCUCGACGCACACAUCGCGUACAUCCGCACACUCGCGGCGCAGUUUGCCGCGAUGCCGCCGACCAUCUGGACGGAAGAGCUUUCUACGGCUGAGGCACGCGUCCUCAAGGACCUUGCACAGCUCCGCGCCAAUAUCGCGCGCGCAUUGGGAACGUGGGCAGCGUUGCAGCACGAGCCAAACCUGCCGACACCGCCGUACGAGCAGCUUUUAGCGCAAUGGCGUGCUAUGGCAAAUACAUGUGUUACCAGGUUUGGGUGGACGCUGGAUACUGUGCUGGACGAAGAGGUCGAGGCUGACGAACUUGAAGAGGAAGAUGACGCACCGGUCGUCGUGGAACUGCAAACUAUGUAG